CGCCCAUUCAUCAGUAGUACUUUACGAUGCUCCUAGAUGAACUAUCGGAAGAGUUGCUUAUCAAUGUUAUUGGAUUUUUGGAUGACGAGAACAACUUGAACCUGAGCCAAACAAGCAAACAUUUCCUCAACCUCUGCGGUAAUGAGUCAGCAUGGAAACUCAUGGUCCUGAGGCAAUUCGGUGUCAGCUACAAGGUCCCCGACGAAUCGUGGAAGGAAAUGUACGAACGUUGCAAGGACGAUCCACGACACAAUAGAAUUUGUCCACAUCUCAGCUUUAUAACCCCUAAAGUAGUCCAACGUCACUAUUCCGCUCGAUACCAGGCCGCCAUUGAAUCCAAGACACCGCUCGUUUGCAUGGCAUGUCGAAAGCAUGACGAAAGUAGCCUAUGCUUUUACAUGUGGCCCGGACGAACUCGUGUGUACUGUAAAGAAUGCUGUUAUCGAUACCACGCUGCUGAAAAGGCUCGCCAUGGCAUCCUCGUACGAAUUAACAUGAAACUCGAGGUGACCCAAGCGAAUCUCAGUAUGUCGACAACUUGCUGGAAACUUUGACGGAAGGAUGCGAGAAGGGUAGACAGGAAAUGAAGAAGCGAAGGCGAUGUCUAGCGGAGCGCGAAAUGUACUACAAUGAAGUUGACAAGCUCGCAGUGCUUCGAG